UCCGUUACUGGGUUCAUCCUGUCUGCAACUACCCUCCUGAACCCCCUCCCUAAAUCCAUCCCGUUCGAACGCUAACACAGGAGCUGUCCUCUGAGAUUCUGGAUGACUUUAUUCUUCAAAUGGCUUUACCCUUCCAAUAGCUCCAGGGACCCUCCACUCCCCAUAUCCAGGAAAAUGUGAUGAGCUACAGGUAUCAGCUCCUAGAUCACCACUUCGCCUAGCCACAAGUGACUCGCAAGAUCCCGCGAGGUACGUCAGGAAGAUGUCUAAAGAAAUGGCAGACCAAAAAGAAGCUGGAGGAAAAGAGGCGUACAGCGACCAGAUCAAAGAAUCGGGCAAAGAAGAGGAACCUCCAGCUGCUUCAUCCCAUGGCCAGGGGUGGCAUCCCGGUGGCAAAACAGCUAGGAACUCAAGGCCUGAACCCGGGGCCAGACCCUCUGCAGUCUCCACCAUGGUCAAUGACCCACCAGUACCUGCCAUGCUGUGGGCCCAGGAGGUGGGCCAUGUGUUGGCAGGCCGUGCCCGAAAGCUGCUGCUGCAAUUUGGGGUGUUCUUCUGUACCAUCCUCCUCCUGCUCUGGGUGUCUGUCUUUCUCUAUGGUUCCUUCUACUAUUCCUACAUGCCGACAGUCAGCCACCUUAGCCCGGUGCAUUUCUACUACAGGACCGACUGUGACCCCUCCACCUCCUUACUCUGCUCCUUUCCUGUUGCCAAUGUGUCCCUAGCUAGAAGUGGACGUGACCGCGUGCUGAUGUAUGGACAGCCGUACCGCGUUACCUUAGAGCUUGAGCUGCCAGAGUCCCCUGUGAAUCAAGGUUUGGGCAUGUUCUUGGUCACCAUUUCGUGCUACACCAGAGGCGGCCGAAUCAUCUCCACUUCUUCGCGCUCCGUGAUGCUGCAUUACCGCUCAGACCUUCUCCAGAUGAUUGACACACUGGUCUUCUCUAGCCUUCUGCUGUUUGGCUUUGCAGAGCAGAAGCAGCUCCUGGAGGUGGAGCUGUACCCGGAAUACAGAGAGAACUCGUAUGUGCCGACCACCGGAGCAUUUAUCGAGGUCCACAGCAAGCGCAUCCAGCUGUAUGGAGCCUACCUCCGCAUCCAUGCCCACUUCUCUGGGCUCAGGUACCUGCUGUACAACUUCCCAAUGACCUGCGCCUUCGUAGGUGUUGCCAGCAACUUCACCUUCCUCAGCGUCAUCGUGCUCUUCAGCUACAUGCAGUGGGUGUGGGGAGGCAUCUGGCCCCGACACCGCUUCGCUUUGCAGGUAAACAUCCGAAAAAGAGACGGUUCCCGAAAGGAAGUCCAAGGAAGGAUCUCUGCCCGUCAGCCAGGCCAAGAGGAGUCAACCCAGCUAUCAGACAUUACAGAGGAUGGUGAGAGCCCUGAAGAUCCCUCGGGGACAGAAGGCCAGCUGUCUGAGGAAGAGAAACCCGAUCAGCAGCCCCUGAGUGGAGAGGAAGAGCUAGAGCCGGAGGCCAGUGAUGGUUCAGGCUCCUGGGAAGAUGCGGCCCUGCUGACAGAGGCCAACCUGCCUGCUUCUGCCCCUGCCCUGGCCCCAGAGACUCUGGGCAGCUCUGAGCCCUCUGGGGGCUCUCUCCGGCAGCACCCCACCUGCUCUAGUUCCUAAAGAGAACAGGGCAGAGUCCUAUUCCACUCUUCAGACUUUACCCCCAAGCUGAUUUACAGCCACCAGAUAACUGGGCUUGUUUGUCUGAUUUGGUGAACUGACUCUUCUUCCCUAUCCUGAUGUGUCUGUGACUUCAGUCCUUUUCCACCUGACCCCUUCCUUUUCCUGUGGCUCCCCCAAUAAACUAUAUUCUUGCCAGGUG